GGGAUACACAUGUAAAAAUGUUAUCUCACUGCCCUCCUCCCAUUCAUAUAUACUUCCCUUUUCGCAACUCGCCACCAGCUUCCUCUUUCUCCCCGAACCUCAAACCCAAAACCCGAACCUCCGCUUCGGAUCCUAAUCCAGUAAUCCCUGAUGGGAACGGAAGGCUACACUUACAUGGGGCGCAGUUUGAGCGAACUCCGCAUCAACGACGAUUCCUCUUCCUCCGCCUUCAGCGACUGCAACAGUGACAGAUCUGGCGAAUUCGCCACCGCUUCUUCGCAAACGCGGCGGUUUCUCAUCGCCUGCGCCACCGAAAAUUCCGACGACUUGAUCCGCCAACUCGUCGCCGAUCUCCACUCCUCCUCCAUCGACGAUCAGAAGCAAGCCGCCAUGGAAAUCCGAUUACUCGCGAAGAACAAGCCGGAGAAUCGCAUCAAAAUCGCGAAAGCCGGCGCAAUCAAACCGCUAAUUUCUCUCAUUUCCUCGCCGGACCUUCAGCUCCAGGAAUACGGCGUCACCGCGAUUUUGAACCUCUCGCUCUGCGACGAGAACAAGGAGGUGAUAGCCUCCUCAGGCGCGAUCAAGCCGCUGGUUCGCGCGCUGAACAGUGGAACCGCCACGGCGAAGGAGAACGCGGCGUGCGCGCUUCUAAGACUCUCGCAGGUGGAGGAGAACAAGGCGGCGAUCGGGCGGUCCGGCGCGAUUCCGCUUCUUGUGAGCCUCCUGGAGAGCGGCGGGUUCCGCGCGAAGAAGGACGCGUCGACGGCGCUGUACUCGCUGUGCACGGUGAAGGAGAAUAAGAUCAGAGCGGUGAAGGCGGGGAUCAUGAAGGUGCUGGUGGAGUUGAUGGCGGACUUCGAGUCGAACAUGGUGGACAAGUCGGCGUACGUGGUGAGCGUGCUGGUUGCGGUGCCGGAGGCGAGGGUGGCGCUGGUGGAAGAAGGAGGCGUGCCGGUGCUGGUGGAGAUCGUCGAGGUUGGGACGCAGAGGCAGAAGGAAAUCGCGGUGGUUAUUCUUUUACAGGUUUGCGAGGACAGCGUGACGUAUCGCACCAUGGUCGCUCGCGAAGGUGCGAUUCCUCCUUUGGUCGCUUUGUCUCAGUCCGGCACCAAUCGCGCCAAGCAAAAGGCGGAGAAACUAAUUGAGCUUCUGCGGCAACCAAGGUCCGGCAACGGCGCUGCUCGAAGUACAUCAGAAGUGGUGGCGUAGACGCCAGCAGUAAUAAAUUUAUUCACCUUGGUGGUGUCUCACCGUGCGUGAGUGUGUACAAACACCACGUUUAAAAAUUGUGAAUUUGGUUAAAAAAAACACAACGUGCGUCCUUCAAGAGAGACGGAGAGUUAAACUUUGUAAAUAUCUUCGUAACGGAGAAGAAGCUUUGUAAAGUUUGUGGUACAAAAUGAUACGAGUUUGAGUUUGGUUUGCAUUUUGGGCUAUGCAAAAAUAAUGCACUCCCCCCCAACAAUACCACCGUUUUUUUCUUUUAUUUUCAUUUUAUUGCUGUGUGAGUGUGAGGACUGAUGGUAUCGCUUUUGGGUCCUUCUUCUA